UUUUGCUGAUUAACGAUAUUUUCUCCCGCAGUUUUGACACACAAUCGUGCUAAGCGUAAGCGUAUCCACAUCGUAUCAUUUGUGUAGUAUAGCAUACGAGCGUCAUUUGCGGCGCAUGUUGCUGUCUGGAUUGUGGCAUUAACAUUCGAUCAGACGAUGGCGGCCGUAGAUUCUUUCAGUUUUUUAAUCAAUCAAAUAGCCCAAGUUGGACGGGAAAACUGGGAUUACUUUAUUGAUAUUGUGGCAAUCGUAGGAGCGUGGUAUGCUUUGAGAUUCACUGCGGAGUUUGGCUAUCACACCUUUGUGCACUAUAGACGAGCAGUUUUCUCGGCAAGAAAUUUUGUCAAACAUUAUGGAAGAUGGGCAGUUGUAACAGGUUGUACAUCAGGGAUUGGGAAGCAGUUCUGUAGACAACUAGCUGAACGAGGGGUCAACAUUGUGUUGAUUGGAAGAAAUUCAGAACUUUGUGCUAAAGAAUCAAGGUAUCUUGAAAAGCGAUAUGGUGUUCAUACUUUCACUAUAAUUCAUGAUUUUUGCACUGCAUCUGCUGACCAGUAUGCAGGAAUCACAGACAUUCUCAAAGAUAAAGAAAUUGGGAUAUUAAUAAAUAAUGCUGGAGUUCAUUAUGAUCAUCCAAUGUAUUUUACAGAGGUUGAUCCAGAACGUCUAUAUGCAAUAACACAAGUAAACAUGACUGGAUUAGUUAUGUUAACUCAUGCUAUUGUACCAUCUAUGAUAGCGAGAAGAAAGGGAUUGAUAGUAAAUCUUUCAUCUGGAGCAGGAUGGCUUCCCGUCCCUCUUAUUACACUAUAUUCUGCUUCGAAGGCAUUUGUCAGUCAUUUUUCAAAGUCACUUGGUAUGGAAUUGAAGCAACAUAAUAUUCAUAUACAAUCCUUAGAACCGAUGUAUAUAUCAACCAGAAUGUCAAAAUUUUCAUCAUUGCUGAGCUCAACAAGUCCUAAUGCUAAAAUAUAUGUCAAGAAUGCAUUGAAAUCAUUUGGAAAAGUAAGACAUGGCACUGGACAUUAUCCACACACUAUACAGAUGCUGAUAAUCAGGUGGUGUCCGCAUUGGUUAGCUGUACGUGCAUCAGCCAUUCUCCAGCACCAUUUACAUUCAGAAGGUUCUCAGAAAAAAUUGAAAAAAGAAUGAAAAUCACAGAUGAGAGAUUAAAUAUAUGAAUCAUGCGAAUGUUUUUAAUUCACUGUGCAAAUUGAUGAUUUUUUUUUACCUUUGCUGGCUUUUCUCGAUAAUGAUAGACCGAUUCUCUAUAAAAUAUGCAAGCAUUUGGUUUUCUUUGAAGGAAAUGGUACAUUGCAGUGGUUUCUGAUAUUUUUUUUCUUCAGACAUAUUUAAGAUCACACUUUUUGAAAGCAAGCAGUAAUAUUCAGUAAGGGAUGCAUUUUGGCACCGGAACAAUCCAGAAUUUGUUUGUUUGUAUUAACUUGUACACAAUCUCACAGCACCUCUUCAUCUGAAUUAAACCGACCUAAUUUCAGCCUUGUUCAUGCUCAUUAUCUGAAAAUCCUACUCCUCUGGCUGAGGACCUCCAGUUCAGUGACAACCUGAAAAGUAUGAUUGAAAAAACAAAAUUCUAUCCAUUUGUUGUAUUUUAAACCUGAUAAAACGUUACUAUUAGCUUAGUAUUAGCUUACAAAAUUUUCUUACAGCAGACUUUCUAGUUGUUAUCUUACUCCCCUUUUUUGUUUGAAUAUCAAUACCCUUCAUGUAACGAAAGUUUCAUUGCAGUCAUGGACAUUCUGAGUGGUGGCAGAGAUAUUUUGAUUGCUGUGAAUGGCAAACACAUAAUUCUCUUUCCAUUGAUUUUUAUUUAUUUAAUUUUCUGACAUUACUUUGAUUUUAAAGUAAUUUACUUUCACUUGAAUUUACUAAUUGUUUGUGUUUACCAUCUUUUCUUGCCUUUCUGAUAGUUCCUGUGAGGUUGUACUGACACAGUAGUAUUCUGAUUUUGAAGUCGGCUUUCGCAUUUAUUAGAAAAUUUGAAUGUUUUUUAUGAUCUGAAGUACAGUGUUCUGCCUAAUAUUAACACUUGACUAUGUAUACUUUUUGAAGUGCUGUGUUAUGUUUAUAUUUUUUGCAGCUGUGAAUUCUAAACAAUGCUCAAUGGAAGCAAUUUAUUUGUGCAGUCAAGCUUAUUCGCUUCUCUUUUGGUAUUUCUAAUGUUGCAUGGCACCCAAAAAGAAUUACUCUUUUGUCUUCCGUAUCCUCCUGUGAUAAUGUUAUAUUCUGUGUUGUAGCUGAAUGCUUUAUAAUUUGUCAUUUUAUGCAAGAAUGUUGUUUCUGACAAUGUGCGAUUAAUACUUUGUUUUGAGUGUGCAGUUUUAUUGAUUGGCACCAAUAUAAUAUAAUAAUGGACCAAACGGA